CAGAGGCCAUUCUCCCUUCAACUCCUUUAUAUAGUAUACCUCGUCAUUAAAGACUGGAAGAAGGCAGGGAGAGGAAAGGGAGAGACUCCAACUACCACUUCUCUGCUUCAUAUUCACCAUUGCAGCACCUCCUCAUAGACUUGGCCCUCUCACACUAAGACAAAGCAAGCAAAUAUCCAAGUCUCACCUGGCAAAACUGCCACCACUCUGUAACCACCUUCUAAGCAGGCCUGGGCAGCUACAGGGGGAGAGAAAGGGCCUGUCCAUAGACAAGGCUGGUCUCUCCAAGUCACAUUCAUGAAGGCAGGCUGCCUAUAGGAAGUGGGAGGCCCAGAAGCAAAGGAGGAGAUUGUUAUCAGAUGGGGACGCUAUCAGAGAGCACAGAGAAGGAAAACUUUUCUGGAGGGGAGGCCUGAACUGCAGUUGGGGCAGCAGUGGUUCUUUCCAUAGUGAGGGAAUUUGAGGUACAAAGUCUUUGCAGCCCUGUCGUUGACUUGCAAUGGGCAGUCUUCCCCAAGGUCAGAAAUAGCUCUGUGUCGAAGUCAGCUGAAUGUAGCAAAACUGGGCCUGGUUGUAUAAUAGUCAAGGAACAAUAGGGUUGAAGCCUUAAAACAGUAGAAUAAUAAAAUAGGAAGGAAGCUGGGUGAUUAUCUAGUAAUCCAAUAACCUUCCUCUUUACAUAUGGGGGAAAAUCAAGACUUGUAAGAAAAAGGGGUUUCCCCCAAACUUACCCAGCCAGUUAGUCUACAGCAACAAAAAGAAUAUGCAUAUUACCCUUGAGUGCUUUUUCCUCUGCAUUGUUCUUUAUGAUUAGAAAUGUCAACCUGGAGCAAGAUGCAAUAGGAGCUUUGGGUUACUUGAAGAUGGAUGACAGGAAAGCGUAGUGAACCAUCUUGCUUUAGAGGUUCAGCUAGAACUUUGCUUCUUGAAGGAGUUUCUCUAGAUCUCCUGUAGGCUGUCCCCUUGUUUGCUUUGCAUGUCCAGACUUCCCUCUCUAGGAGUCUGGGUCAGCCAGCAGCCCAGGUGAUUCUGAUUUGCUUAUUUUCCCCACUGUAGAAUCCCUGGAGCUAGACGCCAACGGUUCUUAACCAAUGCCUCCCGUUAGCAGCUCUUGUGGGACUCUUGAAUUUUUAAAUAGUACUCCUGGCCAGAUUCUACUCUUCCGAAUUUGGAUUUAAUUGGUUUGCAGGAGUGCCCAUCCAUCUAUAUUUUGAGCAUCUCAUGUCUUCUAUUGUGUAACCAAGUUUGAGAAAUACAAGACUAAAAGAAGAUGAAAGAUUCAGCCUCGAAUAGGCCAACAGCACACAAGUGGAAAGGUUUGUAGAAACCCCAGCCCAUUUCUCUUGGAAAGAAAGUUAUUACCGAUCCACUAUGUCCCAGAGCACACAGACAAGUGAAUUCCUCAGUCCAGAGGUUUUCCAGCACAUCUGGGAUUUUCUGGAACAACCCAUCUGUUCAGUUCAGCCCAUUGACUUGAACUUUGUGGAUGAACCAUCAGAAAAUGGUGCAACAAACAAGAUUGAGAUUAGCAUGGACUGUAUUCGCAUGCAGGACUCGGACCUGGGUGACCCCAUGUGGCCACAAUACACGAACCUGGGGCUCCUGAACAGCAUGGACCAGCAGAUCCAGAACGGCUCCUCGUCCACCAGCCCCUACAACACAGACCACGCGCAGAACAGCGUCACGGCGCCCUCGCCUUACGCACAGCCCAGCUCCACCUUCGACGCCCUCUCACCGUCACCCGCCAUCCCCUCCAACACCGACUACCCGGGCCCACACAGCUUCGAUGUGUCCUUCCAGCAGUCAAGCACCGCCAAGUCCGCGACGUGGACGUAUUCCACUGAACUGAAGAAGCUGUACUGCCAGAUUGCAAAGACAUGCCCCAUCCAGAUCAAGGUUAUGACCCCACCACCUCAGGGUGCUGUCAUCCGGGCCAUGCCUGUCUACAAGAAGGCCGAGCAUGUCACUGAAGUGGUAAAAAGGUGCCCCAACCAUGAGCUGAGUCGUGAAUUCAAUGAGGGACAGAUUGCCCCUCCCAGUCAUUUGAUUCGAGUAGAAGGGAACAGUCAUGCCCAGUACGUAGAAGACCCCAUCACAGGAAGACAAAGUGUGCUGGUACCUUAUGAGCCACCUCAGGUUGGCACUGAAUUCACGACAGUCUUGUACAAUUUCAUGUGUAACAGCAGUUGUGUUGGAGGGAUGAACCGACGUCCAAUUUUAAUCAUUGUUACUCUGGAAACCAGAGAUGGGCAAGUCCUGGGCCGCCGCUGCUUUGAGGCCCGGAUCUGUGCUUGCCCAGGGAGAGACAGGAAGGCAGAUGAAGACAGCAUCAGAAAGCAGCAGGUCUCGGACAGCACAAAGAAUGGUGAUGGUACGAAGCGCCCUUUCCGUCAGAACACACAUGGCAUCCAGAUGACAUCCAUCAAGAAACGAAGAUCCCCAGAUGAUGAACUGUUAUACUUACCAGUAAGGGGCCGUGAGACUUACGAAAUGCUGCUGAAGAUCAAAGAAUCCCUGGAACUCAUGCAGUACCUUCCUCAGCACACGAUUGAAACCUACAGGCAGCAGCAGCAACAGCAGCACCAGCAUUUACUUCAGAAACAGACCUCGAUGCAGUCUCAGUCUUCCUACGGUAACAGCUCCCCACCUCUGAACAAAAUGAACAGCAUGAACAAGCUGCCUUCCGUGAGCCAGCUUAUCAACCCUCAGCAGCGCAACGCCCUCACUCCCACCACCAUUCCUGAUGGCAUGGGAGCCAACAUUCCUAUGAUGGGCACCCACAUGCCAAUGGCUGGAGACAUGAAUGGACUCAGCCCCACCCAGGCCCUCCCUCCCCCACUCUCCAUGCCAUCCACCUCCCACUGCACCCCCCCACCUCCGUACCCCACAGAUUGCAGCCUUGUCAGUUUCUUAGCGAGGUUGGGCUGUUCAUCAUGUCUGGACUAUUUCACGACCCAGGGGCUGACCACCAUCUAUCAGAUUGAGCAUUACUCCAUGGAUGAUUUGGCAAGUCUAAAAAUCCCUGAGCAAUUCCGACAUGCCAUCUGGAAAGGCAUCCUGGACCACCGGCAGCUCCAUGACUUCUCGUCCCCUCCCCACCUCCUGCGGACCCCAAGUGGUGCCUCCACAGUCAGCGUAGGCUCCAGUGAGACCCGGGGUGAGCGUGUCAUUGACGCUGUGCGCUUCACCCUUCGCCAGACCAUCUCCUUCCCACCCCGAGAUGAGUGGAAUGAUUUCAACUUUGACAUGGAUUCUCGUCGCAACAAGCAACAGCGUAUCAAAGAAGAGGGGGAGUGAGCUGAGCGUUGUGUUGCAGGCUCUUCCCAUUUUCCCAUCUGCUUACCCCCUAUUCCCCCCACCCCCACAACCAGGCACUACUGCUUGUCCAGCCAAGCAUUCUCCCUAGCUCCUCUCUUUCCUCUUUUCAGUCUGGUUUCCUAAGGGAAGGAGAAAUAAGAGGCUGCGGUUUACCUAAUGUCUGACCUGGCGCCUGAUUCUGUUUCUGGCUUUAAGCCUUCAGCUCCCUUGUUUGCAGGACCGAAAUUGUCAUGGCUAUGCAGAAGUGAGCAAAAAAGCAGUGGGUGUCUCCUUAAGCGGCAGAGAGGUCUCAUUGACUUUUAUAAAGCAUUUUCACCCUUAUAGUCUAAGACUAUACAUAUAAAUAUAUAAAUAUACAGUAUGUAUUUUUGGGUGGGGGCAUUGAGUAUUGCUUAAAAUGUAAUUUAAAGGAAAAAAUGGAGUUGCACUUAUCACCUUUUUUUUUUUUUCUAAUUUACUUGUUUUGGAUGGCUUAUCUAUAGGCCUUCUCUCAAAGUCAGCCAUGAAUGGUAGUAGGUAUCUAGAUCUUGAUAGUAUAUGUGAGUGACAAUGACAUGUAGGUGCCUUCAGUUCUUUUGAUGCUAAACACAUGUUACACCCAACCUUUGGUUUGAUCUAUUUGUUAUUAUGUGGGUGAGACUGGAUACCUAUGUACACGAUUCUCUACGUUGGUGUAUUUUAUGUUACUGAUAUCUCUACUACGGAUGGUGGUUGCCUUCGGGGUGAUACAGCUCAAUCACAAGAAAAAGUCCAUGUUUACACUAUCACUCACCAGAAGAAAACAAAUAUCCUCCCUUGCUUUUGGUUGGGGUUGGGGAAUGUGAAUAACGGCCAAAAUCCUUAAAAAGUCAUUGCAACCAGUUCAGUAGCACCUGACACCAUGUGUCCUGGUAUAUCAACAAUCUCCUCAUAUUUAAUGCCAGACACACCUUAACUCUCAGUAUUUAUUGGCAAAGCAUUAGCUGCCAGUACAAAAGCUUGAAAACUAAAUUUCACACCUAGAUUGAUUAACUCAAUUACAUAUUUGCUACCCUUGUUUAAGGUUAGCAAAUUAAGGUUGAUUUGAUUGGGAUGAAUGCACCUGUCUAGUUCUCGCAAUAAACCUUUAAUAUGUAUUAAGAAUAUCCAGGAAAAACAGGAAUCUUACAGAGAUAUUGCAUCUCCACUAAACAGUAAGAGAUCUCAGUAAACCAUGAAUUGAAGCACUUGGAAGACUUUUUGAAACAUAAAUAGUAUUAUUUGGUAAAUGUUUCCUCUAGUGACCCUCACAUUCUAUAAAAUUCUGCUUAUAAAGGCUUGUUGAUCUUUCUGUCUUCAGGGUUUAAAAUAGGGGUAUUGAUUUGGAAAAUGUAAAAUUAUGAGAUCAGUUUUCCUGUAGCAUCAGUUGUAUCACUAAAUCACUUAUCUUUUUGAAUAAUAUUAAUUUUACUUAGAUUGAAAGUAACUGUGAGAACCCAACUUCCCGUCCAUCUCUCUUCUGGACUGUGCACGUGCAUAAAAAUAUCCCAACAGAUUAGAGGGUAAGCUUUCCAUUGGAGAUGUUGCUUGAACCACACAAGCAGAGACUUCUCUUCAGAUUCAAAAAUAAAAGUGUAAAUGGAGAUAUUCCUAUACAUCUUUUAGAAACAUACUUUGUAGCAGAUACUUUUUUUUCAAUUCACAAAACGGAGUAUUUUGUAUAUAUUGCUAAUGAGCUCUAAAAGCCUACUGUGCCUUUUGGUAAAGGGCUAUCAUUGCACAUAAGCAUCAAGUUUUAUUUUAAAGUGCAAAAGGGCUAAUGUGGCUCAAAAAUAUAUGAGUUUCACCUGAAAAGUGUAUAUAUAUUUUGUGUGUGAAAUUGCAUACUUUGUGUUUUAUUAUCUUUCUCUCCUUGGGAUAGUGGGUUUUCCAGAACCAUCGUUGAGAUUUUUUUUUAUUUUUAUUAUUGUUUUUGUAUUUUCAUGGAAACACCAUUUAGUGAAACUACAAUGUCAAAUUAAAAAAAAAAAAUGCCAUUACUGUAAGACGGGGGGAAGGGAAAGUUGUUUUUUUUAUUAUUUUUUUUUAAUUUUGUAUGUUAAAGAGAGUGAGUCCUUGAUUUCAAAGUUUUAUUGUGCAUAAAUGAUAAUAAGCACUGCUAAUAUGUGGAACAAGCAUGCAAGUUUGAAAGCCUAUUGAUGGAAAGAAUGAAAGCCGUGCCUUUGCAAUGCUAGAAGGACAAAUGGCUUCCUGGACUGUCCUGAGUGUUUGAAUAAACAUAGGACAUCUGAGCUAUCUCAGCACUAUUCGGGUAGCACUAAGGACUCAAAUUCCUGUACUGUACAUCAUGGGUUUGGCAUGAGCCAAAGCGAGGCACAACUACUGGCCUCUCAUAUCCUGGUCGCAACUUAACGUUUUUUGAGUGUAUGAGUAACUAGCAUAAGGGGAGAAAGAAUAUUAAGGACAGACAAGGGGGCAUGGGCUUAAUGGAGUUCUAAUGUGGUCUCAUUACAGUACAGUUGGCUGAAGAAUGGAUACAUUUUUGUUUGAAGUUGAUUAGAAAUGGAAAUGGAAGAUAGAACUUUCUUCAUUAAAUCCAUUUACCUUUUGUUUUCUUGAUAUUCCCCUAAAAUACAGUAUGUGGGCUAUUGAAUGUUUAAGGGUUGCAUUUUUUUUUAUUAUUUUUAUAAUUGUGAAAAAUUAAGUCAAUGCCAAAUGUUUUAUAUGCUUUAUUAACGUUUUUGAAAGUUUUUUUUUUUUCCUUAUAGAUGUGAUGCUUUUUUUUUUUUUUUUUAAGUUUCAGUUGCUUGUCUUAUGGAAUUUGGGGCAAUGGGCUUUGGAUGAGCCAGAGGCAAAUCCACAAGCCAAUUUUGUUUGCCAGGACAUGCAAUAAAAUUAAAAAAUAAAUAAAAUUUGCAUUGAGAAA